AUGCUUGACUUUUUCACAAUUCUGACUAAGGGUGGCAUCGUCCUUUGGUCCAAAACUUUUGCCCCUAUCAUAAAUUCUCCAAUAGACGCAUUGAUUAAAGAAGUGCUAAUUGAAGAAAGAGCUGACAAUAGCAACUUUGUUAAAGAUUCUUAUAACAUAAAAUGUUCUUUCUCUAAUGAACUGGAUCUAAUUUUUGUGGUAGCAUAUCAGAAAAUUCUUCAGCUUGCGUAUAUAGAAGAACUUUUGGCGACCAUAAAAAAAUUUUUCUGCGAAAAAUUUGCAGAGUUUAUUCGAGAUACAACCAGACUUCAUAAAUAUGCUUUCGAUGAUGAUUUUGACUCGAUUCUAAGUACACUUGAAGAAAAAAACUCCAAGGAACAAAAUAAACGAUUAAAACCACGCAAAUUCGAAGAGACAAAAAAAUUUAAAGAUACGGUUGAAGGAAACAAAAAACUCAGUGUUAGUGACAUAACGAAGCCACCGAUUAACCCAACCAUCAGCGAGGAAGAAAUUGCACGUAAUAUUGAGGCAGUUCGUGGUGGAGGCAAGCCUAUUCGGGGCCGUGGCAAUCGAAACAAAAAAUCAGGAAAUAAUAGAUCAGCAAAUGGUGAUUUUUCAGAGUAUAAAUCCACAAAGAAAAUUAUGCGUGUAUGGGACAACAAAUUGACUAAAGAAGAAAUGGAAAGUCUUGACUAUAGUAGUCAAAAUGAAACUAUUGGUAUAGCAUCAACUAUACGCCAUAAUCUUGUUGAUGAAAAUAAUUUAGGACAUCGCUCUCAAGAUGGUCAUUAUGAAGGGUCUAGAAUGUUUUCAUUUUUCAAAAACAUCACCGGUCAAAAGGAGAUCACUGAAGAAGAUCUCACUCUUGUGUUGGCAAACAUGAAGGAACAUUUAAUUAAAAAGAAUGUUGCAGCUGAUAUCGCUGCACAUUUAUGUGAUUCAGUCUCAAGAACUCUUGUCGGUCAAAAAAUUGGAAGUUUCAAAUCGAUUCGGUCAAUUGUGAAGCAAUCUAUGGAAUCAGCGUUAAAACGUAUUUUGACUCCAAAGACAUCUGUGGAUUUGUUACGUGAUAUUUCGCAGGCACAAUCUGAAUCACGUCCCUACACUAUUUGCUUUAUUGGUGUGAAUGGUGUUGGUAAAUCGACAAAUCUAUCAAAGACUUGUUUCUGGUUAUUGCAAAAUGGGCUUAAGGUCCUAAUUGCAGGCUGUGAUACUUUCAGGUCUGGUGCUGUAGAACAAUUGAAAGUACACGUUAGAAAUUUAAACACUUUAGGGCAAAAUUCUGUUGUUGAAUUAUAUGAACGCGGAUAUGGAAAAGAUGCUGCAGGAAUCGCCAAAGAUUCCAUUAAUUUCGCUAAAGCAAACAGAUUUGAUGUUGUAUUGAUUGAUACUGCCGGUCGCAUGCAGGAUAAUGAACCGUUAAUGCGUGCUCUAGCCAAGUUAGUAACAGUAAAUAAUCCGGAUAAAAUAAUAUUUGUUGGUGAAGCGCUAGUUGGUAACGAAGCAGUUGAUCAACUUACGAAAUUCAAUCAGGCUUUGAAAGAUUUUUCAGGAUUACAAAAUCCAAGGCAUAUUGAUGGAAUUAUAUUAACUAAAUUUGAUACAAUUGAUGAUAAGGUCGGUGCAGCACUAUCAAUGGCUUAUACGACUGGACAACCUAUUUUAUUUGUCGGUACUGGACAGACAUAUACGGAUUUAAAAACUAUGAGAGUCGGUCAUAUUGUACAAGCGCUUCUUAAAGAGUAG